AGAGGACAGACUCUUAUGCAGAAAGGGCCUGUCGUAUGCAAAGGAUGUCGCUACCUAUCUUAUGCCAAAGGCGGAAAGCCCUUUUCCCUCAUCGAUAAAACCAAUGACCAACGGGUUCAAGUCCGUGUUCCCGCCGACUGUGAGGUCAUCAACCUUCUCAUCAAGGCCUUUGACAAGGGGAUGAAGCUGGACUCGGCGAGGGUUGUCGUCGUCGAGAACACGAGGAGACACGACGCUGUCGAGAAGUCUUUUCCUCCUUCCUCGCCCUCGAGACGGAGAGAGAACCCCGCUGAAGAGCGACCGCGGGAAAGACGGUAUGUCCGCGACGACUACGAUGUGGUUGAGAUCAUCCCUCACUCCAGCUGGAGGGACAGACGGGAAAGGACCGUCUACCAUGAUGACCGCGGCGUUGGCCCAACUCGGUAUGAGCACCGAGAGAGGCCCCGGUCGGUCGUCUACACUGGAGGGAAGGGCAGCUUGUAUGUCCGAGAUGAAGAGGAGAGGAGACGGCGGGAACGGUAUGAGCGACAACCUGUUGUUAUCGUCGCUGCGCAUGGCCAGUGGUAUGCCGCUAGGCGGUGA